ACCCCUGGGGAGGAACACGGGGCAGGAAAGGAUUUCUGUGGGGUUUUACCCGCUGCUCUCAGAGGAAGGAAACUCGCUGCCAAAACAACCCAGCUGCUCCUCACGGGACCCGGCCCAGCUCCUGAGCAAGCCCACCCUGAGGGGAAUAAAUACAAAACUCCCUGAUCCAAAAUGUCCCUGAAGCUGCCACGGAACUGGGAUUUCAACCUGAAGAUGGAUGCUGCAAAAAUAGGCCGCUCCUGGAGCGUGAUGAGUGGGGAGCCCUGGUGUGUGGGGCCGGGGUCCCCCCCGGUGCCGGAGCGGCCGCUCAAGCUGGGCUGGCUGAGGAAGCAGCGCUCCUUCGUCAGGAACUGGCAGCUGCGCUUCUUCGUGCUCCAGGGACAGCAGCUCCGAUACUACAAGGAUGAGGAUGAUGCCAAGCCCCAGGGCUGCCUGUCUCUCCAGGGCAGCACCGUCAAGGUGCCAGCCAGCAACCCAGAGGAGGGAGGGAAAUUCAUCUUUGAAAUCAUCCCAGGGGGGUGUGGAGAGCAGAACCGAGCAGGGCAGGACUCCUGUGUGCUCAUGGCCAGCUCCCAGGCUGAGAUGGAGGAGUGGGUGAAAUCCAUCCGGAGAGCGCUGGGCUCCGCCUCAGGAGCCGUGUUUGGGCAGAGCCUGGCAGACACCAUGGCCUACGAGCAGAGAUUUGGGCAGCUCCUGGUGCCCAUCCUGGUGCAGAAAAGCGCUGAGUUCAUCCUGGAGCACGGCGUGGCCGAGGAGGGGAUCUUCCGCCUGCCCGGCCAGGACAGCCUGGUCAGGCGGCUCCGCGACGCCUUCGACGCCGGGGAGAGACCCUCCUUCCCCAGGGACACCGAUGUCCACACCGUGGCCUCCCUGUUCAAGCUGUACCUGCGGGAGCUCCCGGAGCCCGUCGUGCCCUGGCUGCAGUACGAGGAUUUCCUGCUCUGUGGGAAGCUUCUGGAAGCUGAUGAGACAAAGGGCCAGCAGGAGCUGCUGAAGCAGCUGUCCCUCCUCCCCAGAGACAACUACAACCUCCUCAGCUACAUCUGCAGGUUUCUCUUCGAAAUUCAACUGAACUCCAGCGUCAACAAGAUGAGCGUGGACAACCUGGCAACAGUGAUUGGAGUGAACCUCAUCAGACCCAGGGUGGAGGACCCUGCAGUUAUCAUGAGAGGCACACCCCAGGUCCAGAAGGUGAUGACUGUGAUGAUCAGUGACCACCAAAAGCUCUUUCCCCCAUCCAAGGACGUGCCUCCCUCCCCACCUGCCCAAAAAAACGAGAAGAAAGCUCCUGUCCCUCGCAGCUCUGUGGGCUGGGGGGCUGCAGAGGACCCCACAGCUCCCAGAGCCUCCACCCAGAGGCAAAUGAGGGAUCACCCCAACUCCAGCAGCGCCCCUGGGGAGGACACAGAGCCCAAAGACACUCUGGGAAGGUGGGAAACACAGCCAAGGAAAAGAACCCAGACUUUACCCACCAGGAAAUGCUCGCUGGCAGCGGCUGCUCCGGGGGAGAGGGGCAGCAAGGACAGGAACGAUGCCCUCAGCAGUGAUUUUUGGAGAGGCAGCACACACCCUGCAGCCUCUGAUGGACACAAGAGAACGUUGUCUCAUGAUCUCUUCAAGCUGCUGGACCUGCACAGGGCUGGGGAGAGCGUUUCCCCCUGGCAGGCAGAGAGUGGGGAGGGCUCCAGCCCUGCCAGCAGCAUCUCCGAGAAGGAAUUCCUGCCCUGCUUCAGCCAGGAGCCAAAGGAAGCUGCCAGUGCCAGCAGCAGCAGCCCUGCUGAGGAGCCCAGCCCCGAGCAGGAGAGCAGGGAGAGCCUGCAAAGCCUGCUCCUCAAGCUGCAGAAGGAUCUGGAGGCGCAGAGAAAUGACUACGAGGGGCAAAUGGAAAGCCUCCAGAAGGAAAACUACGAGGUCUGGGCCAAAGUGGUGAGGCUGAAGCAGGACUUGGAGCAGGAGAAGAAGAAAUGUGGGGAGCUGGAGCUGAGGCUGAAGAGGGCAGAGCAGGCACGGGAGGAGCUGGAGAAGAAAACCAAGGAGCUGGAGGAGGAGAUAAAAAACUUAACUCGAGCCACGAGCCAGACUGGUGCCAAAAGCAACUAGGAGGAGACACUGAGCUUCUCACAGACACCAAAUGCAGAAAUGCACAGGAAUUGCAGCUCCAGAGCCAGGGAUUUGCAUUGUGCAGGGUCCUGCUGCUGCCCACAGGCCGAGGGGGAGGAAGGAGAGCAGAGCUCAGAGCUUGGUUCACGCUCUGAACCUGGAAAUUUCAAAAAUAUCCUUCAGCUUUUUUUUUUUUGGGUGUGUUUAUUUCAAGUCUUCUUGCUCAGGUUGGCUGGAGAACAGGCCAGCACUUCCUGCUGCUCAGGCAGAAUUGCACUCACAAGUUUGGGGUAUGGACAUUGUGCCUUGACAGAAAGAAACCAGAAGUGUCUCUCCUCCAGCUGCCUGGAAAAACCUCCCUGGAUGCUGGAUCUGGGCAGCAGCAACUCCAGCACAGGAAUUCUGAUUUUUCCCUGAUGGAAAAAUCAUUCAUCUCCUUGUGAGAUGAAGAGAAUGAGGAUUUAUGAUUUUUUUGAAUUGAGUUUUUUCCAGAGAUGGAGAAUUGUGAACUGCAGCCUUCAAAGGAUGACAAAGCUGCAGUUAUUUAUUGGCCCUGCUCUGCUGUUCUGUCCUUCCUGAAGAGCAGAACAGGAUUUUCUCAGCUCUUGUGGAACCUUGGAUUUGCAGCCCAGUGAGGACGUUUGGCCUCUCCCCAUCAAGGACCCAAAGGUGUCCCCGUGGUUUUUUGUCACCUUUCUGCUCAUCCCUCACCCCUGCCAGGCUCCUUCCAGCCCUGCCACAGCUUUUGGUGGAGGAAAGAAGAGUCACAGGACUGCAAACAGUUCUUUUCUCCCACAGAAAACCUUUCAUUUAUUUAUUUGAGGAGGGGGAACAGCCCCUGGCUGGGGACAGGAAAGGGAAAAGCAGAGAAAUCUGCAGUUUUCCAGCAGGACCCUGAGGGGAUCACCACUCUGGGUUCUGGCUGCUGAGGAUUUGGUUUUGGUGAGGUAAAAUUCAUCUCCAGCCAGGCUGCAGAGCUGAGUGACAGGGAAAAGAAACUGGGAGGAGAAAGGGACAGAGGGAAAUGGAAACAAGAGGAGAUGGGAGUGGGAAAAUGUUAUUGGAGAAUAAAAGUCAGCCUUGGGUAUAAACAGCUGCUGCUCUCAGCCUUGCUGGGGACUGGUUCAGCCCUAAAACUGAGCCCAGACUCAGCCUCAGAUUGGGUUUGGUGCACUGAACCCAGCUUUACUCAGCUGUGGAUGUAAAGCCUGGGGGGGAAGGAGCUGAGCUGAAUUCAAAAAUCCAACCCCCAAGUGGCUUGUUUGACCUCCAGCCCCUGACUCCAGGGGUUUUCCUGGGCACAGAAUCCCCAGAGCUCCUCCUUUCUGUGUUUAUUUUAUAUUUUACCUCUGCAAGGAGCUCCUCACCAAUCCAGGAGCCACCAGGGAGAAACUUCUGGGUCGGGUCCAGGAGCAGCGUGGUGAACAUCUGGGCUGGAAAUGCCACACGCUCCUUUCUGCAAAGAUCAAAAGUGUGAAGAGGCCAAUAAUUCCUUCAGAGCAGACUGUGCUGACGUGCAGAGGCUUGGCUGGGGCUCAGAAAGCUCCAGCAUUAGGACAAGUGCACGUUAUUUAAAAUAAACUGUGCAUUCCUCUGCUUCCGCUCAGAUAGGCCCUGAGGAGCAGAGGGGCUCCUCUGGAGAUGUUCCACACAUUAUUCACAUUUGCAGGGUUUGUAGAGGUCAUCUGGGAAAAAAAGAGACUUCCCAGUGGAGCUCAGGUGGGCUGGAAGCUCCUUGUGAGAUGGAAGAGAAUGAGGAUUUAUGAUUUUAUUUAAUUGAGAUUUUUCCAGAGAUGGAGAAUUGUGAAGUGCCCGUGUGAACCUGCAGAUUUUCCAUCCCUGAGGGCUGCAGGUGUCCUCUCUGCCUGCUCUGGAUUUUCUGCACAUCACAAGGACUGACUGAAAUGCUGCCCAGCCUGCAUCUCCUCCAUUUCCCCAGGCCAUGAAGCUUUUUUGGGGUGGGAGCAGCAGAGAAUUCUCCUGUUCCUGGGACACAACAAACAGAUCACAGUGGAGAUUAUAAAUCUCUGUCUACCACCGAGAUCAAAGAUCCUUCCCAGCCCUGUCCUGUAGGCUUGGAAACCUUCAAAAAGACAUUUUUUACCCCUGAACCCUCCUCACUGCCCUGUGAGAGCUUUACCAAGGUGCUAACCCAGAUUUUCCUCUCCUUUUAAAUUUCCAAAUUAGAGCUGUCAAACCACAGAUCCCAACACAUCCUAAACUCCUCAGUCUGGGAUGAAAUCACCACCUUUUAGGCCCUGCUUUCAUUCCCCUCACUUUGUGCCAGAGCAGAAACUCUGUUUUGCUCUGCUCAGGUAUUUACUAAAUAAAUUCAUUUAAGAAUUCACUCUGUUUUAUCCAAGGCUUUGGUCAGGCAAGAAAAUAAAACUCUGCUUCCCCCAUGAUGGCGUUUGGAUCCCAGUCACUCCUAUUGUGACUUUCCCCUCAUAUUUAUCAAAGUUGUGUUUUUUGGCACGAUAGGAACUUUCCUUUUUUAGCCUGGCCAGUGCUGAGAGGAGCACGUUGCAGUGGGAGGCGAGGUGGACGUGCAGGAAUUGUCCAGCAGUGGCUGAGGAGGCUCUGUCCAGAGCCCAGGAGCAGCGAGAACAUCUCGUUCUCCCCAGAAAUCCCAGUCCAUCCAUCCUUCCUCCAGGUGGGAGCUGGGAGAUGCCCCCAGACCAGGCUGGUUUUGGGAAGGGGACACCUCCAAGGCUUCCAGAGCUCUGUCCCUGUGGUCUCCUGCAUCACGGAGGCUUGUGAAAAUCUGCUUUAUCACAGGGUGAUAUUUCAUCCCUCUUCACAGCACGUCCCAGAAACAAGAGCUGGCAGCAGGGCAGCGUUCCUGGAUCCUCAGCUGGGAGAGAUUUCCCCGUGCCAGGGGGGCAGGGGUGAGGCUGUGACCCCUGGCUGACG